AUGGCGUUCACAGCGUACAACCACCGGAGUGUCCUCCAGGGCGAAGGGGAGAAAGGUCUGGACACGUCUGUCCCCUUUUUCCUCCCAAUACAGAUUUGCGCGCUACAGAGGGGAACUGAAAGUGAUUGGCCAAUUGGAAAAGGGAACAACAAAAAGGAGCUCGCAAGAGCUGGCGGAGAACAGACAGAGAGGAGAGCUCCCGGGAGCUUGCGGAGUACGGAGAAAAGACAAAGUGAAACCUCUCAACCCCCAGUGCAUGCUGUAAGGCUGGCUGGAAGGGAAACCCGACUUCAAGAGCCGUUCCCAAGCGACAUCCACCAGAUAGCUGACGAAAUUGCAUCCGCCCUGCUGCCCAUCAUCCAGGACAAAACAUUUGCAUUUUUUGGCCACAGUUUGGGAUCCUACCUUGCUUUUCUGACGGCCCUGCGCCUGAAGGAGAAAUACAACCUGGAGCCGCUGCACUUCUUUGUGUCCAGUGCACCGGCGCCCCACUCAGUAUCCCGGCCUCAAAUUCCUGAACUUAACAAGCUGUCAGAAGAACAAAUCACACACUACCUUCUGAAUUUUGGAGGCACCCCCAAGCAUCUCAUUGAAGACCAGGACUUCUUGAGGCAAUGCAUUCCCUUACUGAAGGCAGAUAUUACUGUUGUGAAAAACUUCACCUUUGACCCACCCUCAAAAGCUCCUCUUUCUCGGGACAUAACAUGCUUUGUUGGAUCUGAAGAUAUAAUAACGGAUGUAGAAGGCUGGAAGGAUGUAACCAGUGGGAAGAUUGACAGCUACACGCUGGCAGGUGAUCACUUCUAUCUGCUGGAUCCUGACAACGAGAAGUUUAUCAAGAACUACAUCUCCAAGUGUUUGGAACUGUCAUCACUAGACUGCUUUUAGACGCGCUUUCUCUGGGGUUUCAAAUACGCCAACCCAUCACAAGCUCUUCCUCCAGGCCCAGCUUCUAGUGUUCAGAGGUCAGAAAGAUGCAUAUUAAUGAAUUUCUUCAUGGAACGUUUAUCUAUCUGGGGAAAAGACAGCUGCUGGAGUCAGUGAG